AUGACUGCAAAGGACCAAGAUUCUCUCAAAGAAUAUACAAGAGCUCAAGUGGAGCAGCACUGUACUCAUGAUGAUUUGUGGAUUAUUUUCAGAGGAAAAGUAUACAACAUGACUCCGUAUUUCAACCAACACCCGGGCGGAUUAGCUAUUCUUCGUUAUGCAGGAAAGGACACAUCAACUGUUCUCCCAUACGUAGCUUCUCAUGGAAUCGCCUGGAAAGUCGUGGAGAAGAAACUUCAGGAGCAUCUGAUUGGAAAACUCAAGAAAACAUAA